UGUGCGUCGUUAUUUGUUGCGUGUUGUGCUUGUUUUGAUAUUUGUGUGUCUGUGUGUUUAUUGAACAAAAACAUGGGAAGAAAAAAUUCUAAAAACAAAAAAGGAAAAUUAUCUAGUAAAUCCAAAAAUUGUCCUGCAGUACCUACAGAAAGUUCCCCCAAACCAAAUUCGCAAUCACUUUCAGUUGACAAAGAAGAUGCUGUUCUCGAUGCAAGCAAAAUAUCUGAUGGAUCCGACGCAAGAUCUUUUACACCACUAUUAAUGCACCCCACUACGUGUUCAACCAUCUCCAGCUUCAUGACCGACAGACGCCCUGAAGACCGAAUCAUUUUUCUUACUAUGAAAGAAUUCAACAUCAGAGAUCUCAAUCCCACUCACCCGGAUGAUCCAGACGCGCCUUCGCACGUGAUAUUUUUUUGUAUAAGGCUCCUCCGCCAAAACAUUUUCCAACCGAUCGGUGCGGUUUUGAGACACGAAACAUUAGACGAAAGUUAUAUCAUAUCGCAAUGCGUUAGAGCUUUUAUUAGCGACUUGGGGCAGUUGGACCUACGCGUUGUUGCCACAGUUACCCCUCCAACCGGGGCAUUUUAUCAAAUAUUGCAAUGUCUUGUUGAAGUACCAAAUUUGGAAAAUCGAACCGAUCCCAUCAUAUACAAUUGCCCUCCUUUCGAAAACAUAAUUCACUUGUACGACGCGAACAGACUGGUCGAAACGUUCCAGAAUAUAUUCUACAUAUGCAAGGAAGUGCGCUUCAUCCUCGAAGACGAAAUCUGCAGCGCUACGUGGUCAGACGUGCAGCACACACUUGACUUCUACAAUAUCCCUUGCCAAUAUACUGGGGUUGUAGAUGCAAAAUACUGCAUCUUCAAUUGGGAUAUACAGGUCAAAAUGAAUAAGUUGUUUUGCCAAGAUACGCAAAAAAACUCUCGGCACAAUGCCACGGACACUUUGAUUGCCGCGGUAGCCAUGUUUAUCGACUCAUUGACGGCGGGAAAAAUGAAAGUCAAGCAGCUAAGAGAACUCGAAAACGGCUGGGACAAGUUGAAAAGUCUGUUAGGAACAAUGCUCUUUAAAAGAGUGGCUAUACCAGACAUCACUCAAAGGACAGAUUUUAUAUCGGAGACACAAAAAGAGCAACCGGCUCAAGAACUUCCGUCAAUAAGUACCACGAAGGGGUUUCUAGACCAAGAAGACGAAAUAGAGAUUGAUGAUCCAGAAGCCAUACCGUCUCUAGAAUCCAUCGUAGGUGAUUUUCUACGAGGUGAUUCAAAUCCAAAGCUCUUGUCGGAAAAAAUAACAAAAAGAGAACAAGAAGUCGAAAAACUUCUGGAGCAAUGUCAGCGAUUUGUUCGAGACAGCGGUAAGGUCAUUGAAGAAAAAGAUUCGAUAGUUGACUUAUAUCAGCCUAAAAAUGAACCAUUUACUAGCGCAUUAAGUGAAAAUGUCAUCACUAAGUUAACGGACGAAGAACACGAGCAAUUUAUCAGAUACGCUUGUGAGACAGCCGAUUGUUGGGAUUCCAGAUCUUCCGAUUCGGAUCCGAACGAAAAGAUUUCGAAAUACAGUUUUUAUCCAGACUACCAUAUCAAAGAUGUCGGAGCUAUGGAAGACAAUUUUGCUAGAAAAUUUCUGGAAUUGGAAGAACGCGCUAGUCACAAUGCACUAAAAAUCGAGUUGCGAGAUCUGAAAGCUGAAUGUGACAAUCUAAAACUAAUAACUCGAGACGAAAAGUCCAAAUUAGAUAAGGAAGUUAAGACAUUCGCUGUCAAAUUGUCAAACUUGGAGUCUUGCAGAAGUGACUUGAAUCCCGAGCCGAGUAUUGCAGAGGAGAUGUUAAUAUCUAAAGCAUCGGCAGAUGAUGUACCAUCUUAUUUUCAGUUGAAAAACGGAGAUAAAAAUUCAAAGCCAGCUAAUGAAAAAUUAAAUAAAGGUCGUAGAAAUAGACGUUCACUUACAAGCACAAAAUGUUCAAAUGACUCAAAGACUUCUAUAAAUACUGAAAAUGAACCAUUUGCUAUCUAUGAUUCGCCAAAAACUACGAUUCUUAGUACAAAUGAUAGAUGUAAGGGGAUAGUCGAAAAACUGCAGGGAGACGAAGGCAAUCAAGCGACUCAGAAAGAAGGCUCGUCACUUACACUAGAUUUAGGUGAACAUAGAAGUGAUAGAUUACAUAUGGAAAGUUCCCCAAAAAUGCAAAGGCCCAUAAGAACGAGCGUAUUAAAAGAAAAUGUCAACACUAAGCAAAGGGACGAAGAACAGGAGGAAUUUUUCAGAUAUGCCCGUGAGACAGCCGAUUGUUGGAAUUCCAAGUCUUCUGAUUCGGAUCCGAACGAAAAGAUUUCGAAAUACAGUUUUAAUCAAGUGAAUGGUGAAGAUGUCGGAGCAAUGGAAGACGAUAUUUCUAGAAAAUUACUGGAAUUGGAAGAACGUGCUAGUCGCAAUGCACUAAAAAUCGAGUUGCGAGAUCUGAAAGCUGAAUGCGACAAUCUAAAACUAAUGACUCGAGACGAAAAGUCCAAAUUAGAUAAGGAAGUUAAGACAUUCGCAGACAAAUUAUUAAAAUUGGAGUCUUACAGAAGUGAUUUGGAUCCCGGUCCAAUUAUUGCAGAGGAACUUUUAAUAUCUAAAGCAUCGGCAGAUGAUGUAUUAUCUUAUUGGCGGUUGAAAAGUGAAGAUAAAAAUUCAAAGACAGCGAACACAAAAUUAAAUAAAGGUCGUAGAAAUAGACAUUCACUUACAAAAUGUGCAAAUAACUUAAAGACUAGACUAAAUACUGAAAAGUCGCAAUCACCAGAAAGUCCAUCAACUUCCGAUAUUAAGAGGGUACAAUGUAAGAGACUAGAAGAUUCAAGUUUUCAGCGGUCUGAUAAUAGCAACAGUGCAAGUGCAGCGGCACAACAAAGUAAGGAUAUAUUUAUUCAGAAAUCUAAGCAAAUCUAUUUAGACGAGGCUACUAAAGAUGACAGAUCAAUACUAAAAACCAUAGAAGAAAUCAAUGUUCCGCAUCGUCAAGAAAAAACAUCUCCUGGACAUGACAGAAUGCACUCAUUAACAGCAGAAACACCGGAGAAAACUCUUCAAUCUACAUUAGAUUCAUUGGAAGCAGAAAACUGUGAUUUGCAGUUAGAAAUUAAGAAAGUUAAAGCUGAAAUAAAUAUGGCUUCAUUCAAAACCCAAAGCUCUGAUGAAGUUUGCACCAGCAAACAAAGAAAACAGAAGAAAGGACAUAUGAAAAAGAGGAGCCAUACUGACACAACCAUCCAGACGCAAAUGAUUGUACCACCGUCUCAGUCGAUGGCCCACACGUCUAGUGGAUACCAUCAGCAAGUAGCUCCAGCAGACACCAUCAGACGCGAUUAUUUUGAUUUUAGGCUAACAACGGACUGGUUAACUUUGAUGAAUUCGAUAACCCAACUACAGCUGAUAUUGAGAAGUAAUGGAGUUGAGGAAAUAGAUGUAGCUGCGUUCUCCUUGACCCAUAUAGACUCGUUCGCAGUUUCGAUCAAGAUCAACAACGGUCUAUUGGGAUAUAGUUACCACGGGCCGCUUAUGAGUUUGAUGGAUGUCGACUGUGCGUUUCGAACCCUUGAAAAGGGAUUUGCACUGUAUAUGAUUCAGUAACAAUUUAAGUAUCGAGUUACAAUUUACGUACAAUAUAUGUAAUGUUAUAACGUAAUUUUUAUUCUCAUAUCUCUUAUGUCAAUAAGACAGUGUAAUAUUGACAAGUUUUUAUCAAAACAAAAUAUGUAAUUAAA